UAAUCUCCAAGAGAGUUAUAUUAUACUAGGUUGUACUGGUAAUCUGUAUAUCUUGUUACUCUUGUUAGUAUAUUCCAACCUCACUAUAAUCUCCAAGAGAGAUAUAUUAUACUAGGUUGCACUGGUAAUCUGUAUAUCUUGUUACUCUUGUUAGUAUAAACAUCAGUAAUGGAUUCAUCAAAUAAAUACAAGUGUAUGCCAGACAAUGCUGCUAAAAGGAAGAGAGAAGAGGAAAACUUUAAGUUCCCUCCCUCCAAAAAAUCUAAUGAAGGAAAAAUGAGCAACAACACUUGUUGUCAGGACAAGAAAAAUGAGACAAAAACAAAGAAUGAAAAUCUUCUUUCUGAUCUGUUGGUCAGUUCUUCAGACGAAUCUUCUGAGGACGAAUAUAUGGAUAAGAAGUGUGUGCCAGACAAUGAUGCUAAAAGGAAGAGAGAAGACGAACAUUCUCUGUUUCCUCCAUCCAAAAAAUGUAAGGAAGACAAAAUAAGGAACAAUAAUUCUGAUCUGGAAAACGAAAAUGAAACCAAAUUAAAUUAUGAAAAUGUUGUCUCUGAUUUAUUCCUCAGUUCUUCAGACGAAUCAACAGACAGCGAAUCAACGGACAGCAAAUCCACUGAUAUGGAAACCACUGAUAAAGAAGCUAGUGAAGGUGAGGAAGAGCUUGAACGGCAGGGACAAGAAGCUAGUGAAGGUGAGGAAGAGCUUGAACGGCAGGGACAAGAAGCUAGUGAAGGUGAGGAAGAGCUUGAACGGCUUGAUCUUUUGGAAAACAUAGAGUACAUUUUGCUAAAAUACAGUCUUAAUAGGUUAAUUAAUAAAAUAUGUUAAUAAAAAUUAUGGUGUAAACAAUGCGAAGACUGCGCCUGCACAGAGGAGACUCACCAUUGAUUUACCUGGAGUUUACCUGGAGAGAGUUCCGGGGGUCAAUGCCCCCGGAACUAGAGGUAAAAUUGUGUUGACACCUCUCAAAUAGGAGCCGAAAUUGUUGAAUGUGCAUUCCUGCAUAACUUGAGUAUCAGUCGACUGGACAAGACAGCUCCAGGAACCUCAGAUAAGCCUUAUGUUGUAACCUGGCCAGUGUUAUUUUCAUAGAUAGACAGUGAGGUUUUCUGAGUAUGAUACACAUUAAUCUCCAGUCAAAUUGGUGAGUGAUAUUAAGAUAUUCUCCUUCUGUUAUGCAAAUUGUAUAUAUAUAACCCUUUAUUAAUUUUAAUAUACAAUCCACAAAUUUAUAUAUUUAACAGAAU